UUUAACCAGAGAACAUAGAACAGAAGAAAAACACAAACAAACAAAUAUUAAUUUGAUUCUGGGAAACAAAAGGGAAAAUCAAAAGUCAAAAAAACAAAAAAGAUGGAAGAAGAAAACAAGACAAAUCUAGAAACAGGAAAGGCAGAGAGAGCAGUUUGGUUAAUGAAGUGUCCUGUAGUUGUUGCAAAAUCAUGGCAAUCAUCCGAAUCCCAACAAAAUCUUGCUAAAGUUGUUGUUUCUCUUGAUCCUCUUCAUCCUGAACACCCCAAUUCUCUUCAGUUUUCUAUGGAAAUGGCUAGCAGUGAUAUUCCAAAUAUGCCGAAGAGCUACUCCUUAAACAUGUUCAAGGAUUUUGUUCCCAUGUCCAUUUUUUCUGAAUCAACCCAAGGGAAGGUUGCCGCGGAAGGUAAAAUUGAACAUAAGUUUGACAUGAAACCCCAUAACAAGAAUAUGGAGGAGUACAGAAAGAUGUGUCGUGAAAGAACAAAUAAGUCUAUGGUUAAAAAUAGACAGAUAAUGGUGAUUGACAAUGACCGAGGUAUGCAUAUGAGACCCCUGCCUGGAAUGAUUGGCUUGAUUCCAGCUAACAAUAAGGAUAAGAAGAAAGCUACUGUUCCAGUCAAGGCACCAGAAGUUAAGAGAACCAGGAGGGAUCGUGGAGAGCUGGAAGAUAUCAUGUUUAAGCUUUUCGAGAGACAACCUAAUUGGGCUUUAAAGCAGUUAGUCCUUGAAACGGACCAGCCGGCGCAAUUCUUGAAAGAAAUUCUGAACGACCUUUGUGUCUACAACAAACGUGGAUCCAAUCAAGGAACAUACGAGCUGAAGCCAGAAUAUAAGAAAUCUGUAGAGGAUACAGGUGCUGAGUGAUACAUGUGUUUGUAAAAGAUGGUGCAAGUAACGGCAGGUGGUCAGGGUUACCAAAUCAGCCUAGAGGCACUUAUACCAAUCAACACUCGAACUGACACUUUUUAACUUUUGCAAUAUAUGAAAGAUCCGCUUAUUGAUGUCAUUACAGCUACUUUUGAAAAUGCUGUUACCUGGUAAUGUGUGUGGUGCUGCUACUUUGUAUGGCUAAAAAAGAAUAAAACGAAAGUGUGUACAAUUGUGUAGUAAAAUCGUGGGUGUACCGAUCACCUCUGCAUCUCUCAUCUCAUGUGUGCUUUCUUAUACUAUCGAGGCACUGCAUAGUGUAUGAGGUUAUAUAUAUAAAAAAAAAAAAGUGUUAGUAUAACAUUCAUGAAUUAUAGAAUAUGUUGCUUCCUUAA